AUAGAACACGACAUUAGAAGACAGCGAAGUCGUCGUUUACUUGGUGAAAUCGCUCUCCUUCUUUCAACCAGUCUACACAACAUAACAUUAUAGCCAAGAAUUAGGAGGUAUCCAGUUCGUUUAUGCAAACAUGACCAUCUUACUUAAUUUAUUUCUUUUCUUUGUGCUCUAUACCAUCACCAACCAUCUCUUCAACAAAAUCCGAAAUCUCCCUCCAACCCCCUUCCCAUCGCUCCCCAUAAUAGGCCAUCUCCACCUCAUCAAGAAACCUCUCCACCGAUCCCUCUCCGCCUUAUCCAACUACUACGGCCCUAUCCUCCUCCUUCAAUUCGGCUACCGCCGUGUCCUGGUUGUCUCCUCCCCUUCCGCCGCUGAAGAUUGUUUCACUAAAUGUGACAUUGCUUUCGCCAACCGUCCACGUCUUCUCGCCGGCAAACAUUUAGGCUACAACUUCACCACCCUCGCUUGGGCACCGUACGGUGAUAAACUGCGAAGCCUUCGGAAAUUAUCUGCCGUGGAAGUUCUGUCAGCUCAUCGUCUGCAGUUGUUGUCUAGCAUACGUAGCGAUGAGGUGAAGUCGUUGGUUCAAUGUUUGUUCAGAAAUAAGAAAGGUGACGAACAUGUUAAUCUGAAAACUGCUUUUUUUGAGCUGAUGCUAAAUGUUAUGAUGAGAAUGAUUGCUGGGAAAAGGUAUUACGGUGAAAACGUUGAAGAAGCGGAGCAAUCGAGAAAUUUUCAGGAGAUAGUGAGGGAGACAUUCAUUGCGGCGGGGACAAAUAUGGGGGACUUUUUGCCGUUGGUGGCGGUGAUCGGAGGCGGAGAGAAGAAGCUUAAGAAACUGGGUGCAAGGAGAGAUUGUUUUAUUCAAGAUUUGAUUGAUGAACACAGACAACGAAUAGCUAGUUCUUCGUCGGAGGAGAGAACCAAAACUUUGAUCGAGGUGUUGCUGUCGCUUCAAGAAUCAGAACCGGAAAAUUAUACUGAUGAAACUAUCAAAAGCCUUAUGCUGAAUCUACUGGGAGCAGGAACUGAUACUUCAGCAGUAACCAUGGAAUGGGCAAUGUCAGUUUUAGUAAACAAUCCUCAUAUUAUAAAAAAAGCACAGGAAGAACUGGAUAGUGUCGUCGGGGACGAUCGUCUGAUGGGCGAAUCUGAUAUACCAAAACUUCCUUAUCUUCACUGCAUCAUAAACGAAGUAAUGCGAAUAUAUCCAGCAGGACCACUAUUGGUUCCUCACGAGUCGUCAGAGGAGUGUUAUAUAGGAGGCUAUCGCAUUCCUGCCGGCACAAUGUUGCUAGUGAACAUGUGGAGCAUUCAAAAUGACCCUAGAUAUUGGGAGGAGCCCACAAAAUUUAAGCCGGAAAGAUUUGAAGGGUGCGAAGGAGUGAGAGAUGGGUUCAGGUUGAUGCCUUUUGGGUCGGGAAGGCGGAGCUGCCCUGGAGAAGGCUUGGCCUUGCGUAUGAUUGCUUUAGGCUUAGGUUCACUGCUUCAGUGCUUUGAUUGGGAGAGAGUUGGCGCAGAUUUGGUGGACAUGACUGAAGGUGUUGGACUCACCAUGCCCAGGGCUCAUCCUUUGGUGGUCAAAUGUAGCCCACGUUCUUCCAUGGUCAACCUGCUCUCCAAGGUUUGAAUUAUUUUGCAUGUAUGUUGCUGUAUUAUAUUUCCAUGUAUUGAGUGAAAGCAAGAGUCAUACUAGAACUAAAUGUCAUUCGUAUUAUAAUUUAUCUUGAUAAAGUAAAAGUUGCAUUAUUGAGCUCA